CAAUUACCCUAUCCUUCUCUCAAACUCAACACCAGACACCCACAAACUUAUCAGACCCCCUACUCCAUCCCCCUCUCAUUUCUUUUGGAUGCAGACCCUUCCAAACAUACUCACACCUCUCGAUCUCACCCUCACCCCCCUUGUUUGGAUGAUCGGCAAACAACACCCCCCCCUGUUAAUCGUUGAUAAUCAACCAGCCACCACCCUUUGGUGGUGGCAUACGAUGGCUGAACGCGGAGAGAGAGAGAGAUCAGUGAGUUCUCGGCGGCGGCUAAACAGUUCGAGUAGGAGAGAGAGAGAAGGAUCGGAGAUGGUGAACGUGAGCGGCGGCGGACGGAGUGGUGAGCAGCGGUUUGAGUUAUUUCACUGGCUGCAGUUGCUGAUGAUGUUCUUUUCGGGUGGGCGUUUUGUUGUCGACUCAGGCAUGGUGGAGUGUCGGCUCAGAAUUUGUGCUCAGUUUUGGUUCGGUUCGGGUCAACAUUCAUAUUCGGGUCACGGCUUAGCUUCGGGUCAGAAUCAGGCUCGGGAUCUCUCGGGUUUUCAGUUUUGGGUCGUGGCUCGAGUUCUGGUCAUGUUAAUCAACAACAGGAUGGUUUUGGGUCACGGUCAACAGUCGGUCAACAAGGUCAAAGCUCGGUUAACCUGAGUCAACUCGGUCAAACCGAGUCAACUCAGUAAACGACAGUCAAUGAUGGUCAAACCAGUCAAUGCAAGACCCGGUAAAGUUUAACAACGCGUUGAACUUUCAUAUAUAUACGUUAGAUUUUAGUCAAUUUACGCGACCGAGCUCGACCCACUUGGACUAGAUAUUAGUUACGUUUUGAUACGUUUGACGAAAGCUUAUUAUAUAUUGAUUUGUUGAUUGAAUUAUUGUUGAGUUAACAAAAUACAACAACUUUUAUUGUCGGGAUAUUCAAAAAA